AUGGCUCAACGUCGAACAGGCUCAUCGCAGCCUUCGGAAUCGACCUCUUGGUCACCACCGAACAAUGUCAGCAGUCAACAUGCAUCUGUGACACCCAAAAGGCUCGCGCCAGCCCCAAUGCAACUUGUUACACUCUCCCUUGUAAUGCGAAUCCUAUCUGUCACACUGCUCAUCGCCACGUCUCAUCUCCAGCAGGCAUUCGAUACAUCUCACGAGCUUCUAUCGUAUACUCUGGAUCCGCAUACAUCCCAUAGUCUGUCUGCGGGCAGCUUCAACUGGACAUUGGCAUUUGUGCGCUGGGAUACGAUCUACUUUCUCGCCUCAGCAUCUCCGUACCACGCCUCAUCCACGGGCUCGGUACAUCAAGGUGGAUAUGCAUGGGAGCAGACCUUGGCGUUUCAACCUGGUAUCAUCGGGCUGCUUCGGCUGACUGGAUACCUGACGCCUACUAUGGACGGAUCCUGGAGCCCAACGGCGGCGAUACUAGUCACUAUGCUCUUGGCCAACGUGGCGGCGGCUGCAAGCGUCGUUCUGCUGUACCGGCUAUCGUUGAGGGUCACGAGAAAUGCUGAGUUGGCGUACACAGCUGCGCUUCUGAGCAUCGUGGCUCCCUCGGCGGGCACGACAUUGGCUUCACCGACGCCGGAAAGCUUUUAUAGCCUGGCAAGUCUGGUCGGUCUACUCUAUCUGGAAACAAACAGCAUCCAUGGUUGUGGGUGGGGGACGGUUGCAAUCACAUCGUUCUGGUUCGCAGUGGCAACCGCCUUUCGCGCAAAUGGAGCGCUGCUAGUCGGAUACGUGGCGUUCAAGCUGAUCGGCGAGGCAAGGUGCGGCAGGGUGAUUUCGGCAGCGCUCAAGCUUGCAGCGUCGACAGCUGUGUGUAUGUCAGCCAACGUGCUGUUCCAAGUAUGGGCAUACGGUCGCUUUUGUCUGGACGAGCAAACCAAGCGACCGUGGUGUGCGCGUUGCGUGCCGAGUGUUUAUACGUUUGUCCAGUCGCAAUACUGGGACGUAGGCUUGUUUCGGUACUGGCACGCCUCUCAGCUCCCGAAUUUCGCACUUGGCGCUCCAGUGCUUGCGCUGAUAGCGUAUACCGCCUACACGUUCUACUGCCGAUCUAGCUGGUCCAAGCUCGCGCGGUCCUUGAUCGGUUCAGCGUGCAAUGGUGAUGCUGGCAAAACGACACGUGAUACGGGGCUAAUGCUCGCAACCACGCCAAGAGCAGUCCCGUACAUCGUCCACGGUGGAGUGCUGGGGGCAAUGCUAUUAUUCGCAUCGCAUGUGCAGAUCGCUCUGCGGCUAGCUACGCCCGGUGGUAUGCCAAUGCUUUGGUGGGGCGCAGCACAUGCCGUGCUUUACUGCAAGAGGUCAUGGUUGAGCAGAGCUCUUGUGGGCUAUCUGUGUGUACAGUAUUGCGUGGGCAUCGUGUUGUACGCUGGUUUCUAUCCGCCUGCUUGA